UUUUACCUCCCAUUCCCUCUUUCAAAUACCUGCAAAUCCAAACCCUAAAUCCUGACCCUAACAAUUCUCUGUCUCAGCAAUUAAAUCAUGUUUAAUCCUUACGAUUCCAGAUAUACUGAUGCUGCCUCUUAUCGUAACCGUCGCAGUGAUAUUAUGGGGGCAGCGCCUCCAAUUGUUCCACCGCCUAUGAUGGGUAGUGGUGGUUUAGGCCCGAGUUAUGACCGUGGUGGGCCUCCUCCUCCGUAUGGUGGGCCUAUGGGGGCACCGCCACCUGUGGUGGAUGGUGGUAGAGGGGUCGGAGGCAGUGGUGGUGGCUAUGGUGGUUUAGGAGAUAGAAGGGGUGAUUUUAGAGGUAGGGGGUUUGAUUCGGGACGUAGUGGAGGUAGGAGUGGUGGCAGUGGAAGGGGUGGUUCCGAU